UCACAAAAGCUGGGUGAGUACACUUAGCUGUAGAAUGCCCUAAAUAAAAUUUUAUUGGCUACAUGAGUGAGUUACAAUAGAGUUAGCUUUCCCCUUUCUAUAGUGACAUGGCAUACAGUGCUGUAAAUACUACACUUCCCGAGGCUUCCUUCACAUGAUGGACAGGUAACAAAAUUGUUUUGUUUGUCAAGUCUCCCUAAGCUAUUUCAACUUGUCAGGACACACAAAGCUUGGCUACACCAAAUGCAUCAACCCAUUUGUAUUACUUCAAUGAACAAAAAGAUUUCAGAGAGAUACAUUAAUUUUAUUCUUAUUCAACAGUGACAUUGAAAAGACAUUCUUAUUGUGCAGUUGUUUGAGCUGCCAAUCUUUUUGGUAUUUAUAUUUCUAAAACUGCCAAGAAAUUCUGUGCUCUUAAGAUUUUUAACAUACUCAGAUUAAAUAAUUAUCCCCCAAAUUGCUGCAUUCUAGACACAGAAAUCAUAAAGUGACUUAGAUUCUUGGAUAGAAAGUUAAAUUAUUCUCGAUGAACUUGUUUAGGCAAAUUUUUAUUCAAUACUUAACACUUCAGUGGUAAAAUUGUUGGGGGGGUUCACUGAGAGGCCAUGACUACAGGUUAAUCCACGAGCUGGACAGGCAGUUAGAGGCUCUGUAUUGCCCUCCCCUAUCCUUGGAAUGUAUGUUAGGAUUGUUCCCAUACUACAAGGAAACAGCCUUGAAAGAGUAUUUUGUAAUUGAAAACAUGUAGACCAUAUAGGUGACUGACCUCCAUUAAGGCCUCUAUAUAUGCUUGUAAGAUUGUGGUAGCCAUCUGUGGGAAUCUACUCAUCUUGCAGCCAUCCAAGACAAACUCUUUCUGUAAAUCCCCUUGCUUAUUAAAACUACCACCUACCAAUUUGGAACAGUUGCCUCUCUCUUUAACCUUUCCUUGCCCUUCUGUGUGUGGGAGGGGGGCAGGUUUGAAUUUCAACCAGGAGACUGCCCCCCAGAUUGUGAAACCACAGAAAUGUAAAGAUCAUCAUGGGAAAAACAUGCACUGUAGUUUUGGGAUUUGGGAGGAAGUAAUUAGUUACUUUUUGUUAUUUUUUUAUCAUCAGAAUAUUCUAUAACGUUGCAAGUAAUCACUAACAAAUCCCUUAAAGAAGUUAAUCUUAAUAAAAAAGCCUUACAAUACAUAAACAUGCCAAAGUGAAACACACUAAACUACCUCAUAUACUCUGAACACUUCUUCAUAGAAUCUGGACGAAGUUCAGAAUGAAUUCGUAGAAAUUUCUUGGAUAAGGUCAUCGCCUAAUUCUGAGCUGAUUCUUGUUGAGAGAACGUUUAGCGAAUGAGACAACUUGCAGGUGAAAUGCAUGUUUUUUUCCUCUUCCACAAGAUAAAAGAAUCAAGCUAAAUAGUGGAGUGGGGACUAGAACCCACGCCUUUCGCCUGCCAGCUAAUCGUUGUGUCUCUGUUAUCAGAAGUCCUCCAGCUCAACCUUGACACCUCAAGCCCUGAAACGCGUAUGCUCCAGGUGCAAACUAAGCCAGGGGUUCACUUUCUCAGCUCCGAAUCCGCCCCCCUUCCCUCAGCUUUUUAAUGCGCGUUCUGAGAGCUAUGGAGUCCGAUUCAUUCAAAGCAUUAUACAACGAACGCUAGGGGGGAAGAAAGAACAAAUAAGAUACAUUUCAAAUACAGGGUUCAAUUACUUUUCACAACUCGGUGCGGUGUCCAAGGCACGCCGCGUUUUGUUUUGAGGGCGGGGAGGGAGGGCUGGGCCCCCAUUGGCCGGCCGCUCGUCGCUGCGGUGGAGCCCCAACCGCUCCGCGAGCUUUAUUGAUCUGAAGGGUAAACGUGGAGGAGCCACAGCUAGGGGUCCAAGCGUUUCUGAGAAGAGAGGCAGCCUCUUCCAGGAAGAAAGUGGUGUCUGCGGGCUGCCUGGCUUGGAGAACCCUCUGUGCAUGAAAGGGGACAGAAUGCAAGGCAGUUUGCUGCAACAGUGAUUUAGAAGGAAAAAAGGGACCGAGAGCGCGCGCGAGAGAAGGAAGGGUCUCACCUUCGGCGCCAGGCUGGGCUGUGCAUCCUGCAGCUGCCGUUUCUGCCGCUGCUCUUGCAGCUGCCGUUUCUGCCACCAGUUCUGUUGGGUCUAUCUGGGAACAUCCUGUGUUUGGAACCCAACAUCACUUCAGAGUUUUAAAGGAUGCCAGCCUUUUUAAAGACAGUGAGGGGCUCAACAUAAACAAGAAAAAGAAGCGCAGCAUGCAGCUACUUGGAGAGUGUUGAUUGAAAACUUCGAUCUCCCCACCCCGUUCACGGUUGAUUCGACUGAUUUCUCACCUCGUUCACAGAGAAUAUUUCAAUUAAGGUCCCUUUAGAUGGAAUAUAAUACAGCAGAAGCCUUUUCAUCAAAAGGAUUAAUGCCUGCAUUAUCAUUUCUGCCAUAAAACAGAAAGCCAAGUGGUGGAGGCCACAGACACCCCAAACCUGGAUUCCACAAUUCUACAUUAAGUGCUGGAGUUUUUAUUACUUGGCUGCAGGAAAGCCUUUGCCAAUGCUUACAAGGAACUGCUUAUCCCUGCUUCUCUGGGUCCUGUUUGAUGGAGGUCUCCUAACGCCACUUCAACCACAGCCACAACAGUCUUUAGCCACAGAACCAGCAGAUAAUGUCAUCCACCUGCCUGGGCGGCAAUCACAUCUCCACAGAGUUAAACGUGGCUGGGUAUGGAAUCAAUUUUUUGUGCUGGAGGAAUACAUGGGCUCCGAGCCUCAGUAUGUGGGAAAGCUCCAUUCUGACUUAGAUAAGGGAGAGGGCACUGUGAAAUACACCCUCUCAGGAGAUGGCGCUGGCACCGUUUUUACCAUUGAUGAAACCACAGGGGACAUUCAUGCAAUAAGGAGCCUGGAUAGAGAAGAGAAACCUUUCUACACACUUCGUGCUCAGGCUGUGGACAUAGAAACCAGGAAGCCCCUGGAGCCGGAAUCAGAAUUCAUCAUCAAAGUGCAGGAUAUUAAUGAUAAUGAGCCAAAGUUUCUGGAUGGACCUUAUGUCGCUAGUGUCCCAGAAAUGUCUCCUGUGGGUGCAUAUGUGCUCCAGGUCAAGGCCACGGAUGCAGAUGACCCGACCUAUGGAAACAGUGCCAGAGUCGUUUAUAGCAUUCUUCAGGGACAACCUUAUUUCUCUAUUGACCCCAAGACAGGUGUUAUUAGAACAGCUUUGCCAAACAUGGACAGGGAAGUCAAAGAACAAUACCAAGUCCUCAUCCAAGCCAAGGAUAUGGGCGGACAACUGGGAGGGUUAGCCGGAACGACAAUAGUCAACAUCACCCUCACUGACGUCAAUGACAAUCCACCUCGAUUUCCCAAAAGCAUCUUCCAUCUGAAAGUUCCUGAGUCUUCUUCAAUUGGCUCAGCUAUUGGAAGAAUAAGAGCUGUGGAUCCCGAUUUUGGAAAAAAUGCAGAAAUUGAAUACAACAUUGUCCCAGGAGAUGGGGGAAAUUUGUUUGACAUUGUCACAGAUGAAGAUACACAAGAAGGAGUCAUCAAACUGAAAAAGCAGUUAGAUUUUGAAACAAAGAAGGCAUAUACUUUUAAAGUAGAAGCCUCCAACCUUCACCUUGACCACCGGUUUCACUCCGCGGGCCCUUUCAAAGACACAGCUACAGUGAAGAUCAGUGUGCUGGACGUGGAUGAGCCACCAGUUUUUAGCAAGCCGUUGUACACCAUGGAGGUUUACGAGGACACCCCGAUCGGGACCAUCAUUGGUGCUGUCACUGCCCAAGAUCUCGAUGUGGGCAGCAGUGCUGUUAGGUACUUCAUAGAUUGGAAGAGUGAUGGGAACAGCUACUUUACAAUAGAUGGAACGGAAGGAACCAUCGCCACUAAUGAAUUACUAGACAGAGAAAGCACGGCGCAGUAUAAUUUCUCCAUAAUUGCGAGUAAAGUUAGUAACCCAUUGUUAAGCAGCAAAGUCAACAUAUUGAUUAAUGUCCUAGAUGUCAAUGAGUUUCCUCCAGAAAUAUCUGUGCCAUAUGAGACAGCUGUGUGUGAAAAUGCCAAACCAGGACAGAUAAUUCAGAUAGUCAGUGCUGCAGACCGAGAUCUUUCACCUGCUGGGCAGCAAUUUUCUUUUAGAGUAUCACCUGAAGCUGCCAUCAAACCAAAUUUUACAGUCCGUGACUUCAGAAACAACACAGCUGGAAUUGAAACCCAAAGAAAUGGAUACAGCCGCAGGCAGCAAGAGUUGUACUUCCUCCCUGUUGUAAUAGAAGACAGCAGUUAUCCUGUCCAAAGCAGCACAAACACAAUGACUAUUCGAGUUUGUAGGUGUGACUCUGAUGGUACCAUCCUGUCGUGUAAUGUGGAAGCAAUUUUCCUACCUGUAGGACUCAGCACUGGGGCUCUGAUUGCAAUCCUACUGUGCAUUGUUAUACUCUUAGUCAUAGUUGUGCUGUAUGUAGCUCUGCGAAGGCAGAAGAAGAAAGACACCCUGAUGACCUCUAAAGAAGACAUCAGGGACAAUGUGAUCCACUACGACGAUGAAGGAGGUGGCGAGGAGGACACCCAGGCUUUUGACAUUGGUGCUCUGAGAAAUCCGAAGGUGAUUGAAGAUAACAAAAUUCGCAGGGAUAUAAAACCCGACUCUCUGUGUUUACCUCGUCUGAGACCUCCUGUGGAAGAUAACACGGACAUAAGGGAUUUCAUUAAUCAAAGGCUGCAGGAAAAUGAUGUGGACCCAGCCGCCCCACCAUAUGAUUCAUUGGCAACAUAUGCAUAUGAAGGAAAUGGGUCGGUAGCAGAUUCCCUGAGCUCCAUAGACUCCCUCACCACAGAAGCCGACCAGGACUACGACUAUCUGACCGACUGGGGACCCCGCUUUAAAGUCUUGGCAGAAAUGUUUGGCGAAGAAGAGAGUUAUAACCCUGAUAAAGUCACUUAGAGCAGCAGCGGAGGACAAAACUCAACCAAAAGGAAGAACUGAAGGAAAAGACACACAAACAGAAAUCCCACACACAUGCACGCACGCACCCAACACACCAGGCUUUAUAGGACAAGAUUCCUUUAUCUGGUUUCUAGCAAGUUGCUCUAUUUAUCAUAUUGUCAGUUUUGGUUUAUUCUGCCAACACAAGAUAAAUCUUAUUAUAUGUAUUUGCUUGGUUUUGUUUUGUUAUUUUGGAAAAUACACUGAGACAAGCUCAGGCCUAUUAAAUACAAUUUACUGUCAUGACACCCUAGGAUGAAGACAGCUGUGUGGCAUCAUGGUGGAAGAGUGUUAGAUUUUUCUUAAUUCCACUAAAGUGCCUAUUGAAACUCUUAUCAUUUAAAGUGGUGUUCAGUGCACUCUGCUGUGAUGGCAUUGCAGGAUUCAGAGAUACAGAGGACAUAAAACAAAGAUGCUGUCUUUAUGUCAAGGAGCAAUAGCAACAUGCUGACUUCUAAUUCCUUUUGAGGAAAAAAUAAUACUUUCUGAACUCCAUCUUCUUAUAACUCAAAGGUUUUCUUUUUCUUUUUUAAACUGUAUGCCAAAACACAUUUGUUUUUCGUACCCUUUCAGAAAAUUUAAAUAAAUGCGAUAAUAUCAAAUUCAGUAUGUAAGUCCUGCAUUUUAAAAG